GCAAAUUUGAAUGGGGCACUGGCGCAGAAGAGAAGCAGGUCCGUCCGGCAUCUUUGCUGUCCACUUCUGCUUCUGCGCAGCGUGCUGUGCGGAAAUUUUACGAUGAGUUGCAUGAAUUGACGGAAGCAGGUCACAGCCCGAUCGCGUCGCGCAAUGUGAAGCCCUUCCAUGCACGUUUGCUAGCAUCCUGCACCAAAGAUCCCAUCACUUUGUCAGACGUUGGCAAUCACAUCACGUGUCUGAAAGGGGCUUCCAAUGUCCAAAAGCGCAUGGACGUAUUGCAGAAAUUGCAAUCCUUAGGCUUAGGGGAGGUCCGCUCCGGCCGGCGUCUGCCUAACAAUCCAGAUAGUGCUCGGGCAUUGGACUUCUACCGGCACCCCUGGUCUCCGGCAAUCGGCGCGGUCCUUCGUGACCUUUCUGUGCCGGAGUCUUUGUGGCCGACGAAACAAGACCCCCCACUCCAGGACGAUGAUGCUCGUUUGCCGCCCAUGGCAGGUGCUGGCAGGCGUGGACGGCCUGUACAUGAAGAGACACCAUACACGGUCACGAAUUCUUUGGUUGUGGAGCUUGGGUUUGAAAACAAGCAAGCAUUCCUGGAGCACGAGCGUCAAUGGGCAUCAACACUCUUGCCAAACAAAGUCUUGAACAUUCGCUUUCAAUGGUACGACUACAAGGCCGGCUUCAAAGCGUUGCUCUGGUGCAAUUCCUGCACGGAAUGCCAAAACAAAGGUGGCUGGAAGGGCUAUUCUGUCUACACUUUGGCAACAAAGAAGCUCGAGCGCGCAUACACCCCCGUGGAAAAGCAUGGGGAGACCGCGCACCAAGGCGUGGACACCGUUGACCAGCCUGAUGACGCUUGGCUGCAGCGAUGGGGAAGCAAUCACCGUCCCCGCCGUCCUGAGGGGGCUUCUCCGUCGCAGUGGGUGGAGUCAGACUGGCGCCAGUUGAUCCGAGAUUUGGGAACCAUUGAUGGCCUUCAAGAUGUCACUGACUGCCUCAAAGUGGCCGCGUCUUCAUUUGAUGAUCCCAAGCACACAAUCAUUGUGUUUUGCAACCCGCAACUGACCGCAACUUCUUUGAACAUGCUUGAGAACCAAACUUAUGUGAAGCUCUGUGGUGACGGGACAUUUCGUUUGACCGAUAAAGAGUGGAUUUUUCUCACACUUGGUGCCCUUUCCAAGCAUUGUGCUCCCAAAGCAUCCGUGUUUCGGACUACUUUUAAUCCAGUAUUGUUCGCUUUGACGAACAACGAAAGUGAGCAGACCUACACAUUCUUCUUCGAAGCUGCGUGCCAGUGCGCGCUGCAGUUCACCAACAUUCGAUUGCCGGAAGUCUGUGGGCAAUAUCAUGCGGAUCUGCAUUGGGGCGAGGAUGCCGCUCAGAAGAAUGUGUUUCCAGCCGCCCAAAAAGUUGCUGAUUGGGCCCAUUUCACUGGUGCAUGUACCCGUAGUGCCGUAGCCAAAAAGCAUCCGGCCGCUGGGGAUGAGAAAUUCACGGCUUUUCGAAAAGGUGUUUGGGUCACAGCAAAAAAUCAUUUGUCUCCUGCAGGCCGAACGUUGAUGCCAUUGAUUGAGCGUGCAUAUGAUGUGCAUGAGCAUGCAGGCAGUGUUUUUUUCGGAAUGCAGCGCACCCUGGCGCGCUAUGACAGGAGCGUAGAUAAGUGGAAUUCCACAGAAGACGCCGAUGUUCCCCCAGUUCCUGCCGAAACUGCAUCUUUGUUAGCUCGUCUUUGCCGCGCAGCUGAUUCGGAAUCUUUGCGCAGUGCACUUGUAGACUUGGAUUUGAGCCUGGCGCCAUGUCACUUGGACGGGGCGGAGGCUUCUAAGUUUUGGCGUCGCCAGCCACUAGAGGGUGAGCAUACGGCUUCUCACACCCAGGGCUUAUACCACUUUUGUCACGAGUUCUCAGUGCAUGGUUCGUGUGAACAUCUGCAGGUUGCCUUUCUGCACUUGAAGCUUAUUUCGUUGCAAGCGGCCGAAUUUCCAAAGCGGCAACGCACAGCAAAUCCUUGGCAGGCUGACGCUUGGGCCGAAUACUUCCGUUCUGAAUGCGUUGAUGUCCACAUGAUUAUUUCCAUGGGUGUCGCGGACCUCAAAACUGUGCUUCAGCAUGUUCCAGCCGGCGUCCUGUUCCGCCUUCACACCGCAGCUUCACAGCGGCUGGAAGAGGACAAUGCAAGAGCGUCCAUGGGCGAUGAGGAAGACAAUGAGGAGCCAAUGAAAGACCAGGCGCGUUUGAUGAAGAUAUGUGACAAAGAGGAGCCCAUGGAAGACCAGGCGCCUUGGAAGAUUUCUGAGCGCCGCCUCUUCCCUGAUGUGGUUCAGCGUGUUGAUUUCCUUUGCGCCAGAACCUGCCGUGGCGAGCAACAGGGCCACUUGUGGGCAAUGCUUUUCCCA